GAUCAGGUAAAUCUACGAUCUAUAUAAAGCUGGUACUGAAGUUACCAGGACAUCAGUUCCUUCUCGACACUCCAAUCAUGAAGUACAAACGCAUGUUGAACAAACGCAAGCAAGCGACUCCUUCCCCAGUAAGGGAAUCCGAAGUGGAAGACGUAUCUGUGGCUAAUCACAGUGCCCUGGAACUGGAGGCCGCUGCGGCUCUCCUGUUGCUUCGCUACCAAUACGAUCGCCAGGCUUGCAGCAAUAUUAUAUCCUACACCGAGUCCUGUUCCCCAACUCCUCCGCCGGCAGUGGUUGAUAAUACUACGCCCAAGGAUCAGACAGUUCGUCCGCCAGUCGCCAGCCAGCCGCUAAAGAAACGCUCUAUACCAUCACACAUUCUGCGAAGAUCUUUGACACCGGCCAAAUCCGAGAGUUCGGUGAGCAAUAAGUCGAUAACCAAGGCCAAAACCAGGACUAUCCCCAAUAAUGAGCGCACCUGCAACAAGUCCCUGCUUAAGUCCUGCAGGAAUAUGAUUCGCGAGUUCUUGGACAAUCAGGAGCUCAUCUAAUAUCAAAUAACCUUUGACCAUAGUGGAUUCAGGAUUUUUAAAAAAAGUUUAAGAUUUAAGAAAUCUUUUCAUUGAAAAACGCCUCUCAUAUUUGUUUGGCCUUGGCAACAAUACUUUCUGUGAAUUUUCAAAAACGCAAUGAAUAUUAAUCGCCCAGUUAAAAACAACUCAAUUUAAAGUCAGGGCCCAAAGAUAACAACAAAGUCGAUCCUUAGGAUCUCGAAUUUCACUUUUCAAUUUAUUUAUUGCAUAUAAAUUUGUUUCUUUUUUUAUACAUAUAUAAAUUA